AUGGCAGAUUUCAUGCACGACGAAAAGCAUUUCGUCAUUGACAUGUCAACACCAGAAAGUCUUGAGAGGGAUUUUUACGCUUGGUUAAAUGGUGAUUUCGAAUCGAUGCUUCAUCAUUCCUAUCAGCACAAUCACGAGAAUGCAGCGACGAUGAUCGCUCGGAAUAAUCAUCCUUCGACUAAUAAUUCAACGGCCAAUCCCGAGCGAUUACCACCAAUCGACGAUUUUGCAUUCGCCAUUCGUGAAUCGAUCUCGUCCAAUGAAGAUCUUCUCUCAGAUGGCGGUUCGGUCACCGACUCUUCACCGUCAUCAAUCUCAUCCGACGGCAGCAAUGAAUUCAUACGUUUCAGCAACUCCACUGAUCAAGAACAACCACCGACACGUAACAGCGAACAAACGAUCACUUGUCCCGGCAGAAGUUCAGGAACGAAUCAGUUGGGUCGAACGUACAGUCCUGGAUUACCGCUAUCAAUGAGUGAACGUGAACAAAUUGUUGACUUGUACAAAAAGGGAUGGAAAAUAUGCGAUAUAUCAAAACGUUUAUGUGUAACACAUAGCUGUGUUUCAAAAAUUUUGAACAGGUAUCGUACAACUGGCUCAGUGAGACCAAAGGAUGCGAAAGAAGGUCGUACGGAGUCACCGUUAGUGAUCGCGAUCCGUGACUAUCGGGCUCGAUUGGGUAUGAGUCGUCAGUCAGAGAUUCGUGAGCAGCUGAUUGCCGAUGGCAUUUGCAGCAGAGAGAACGCACCGUCACGAUCAUCCAUAAAUCAGCUAACGCUCUUGCCAAGGAAUAAUCUGUUUGCUUAUCGGAUACCCAAUCUCGAUAUUAAACAACUCUUCCCUUGUUUCGUGGACGGUGUAGAAGAACCAUCCUUUUGUUUCAUGGACACCUCAUGA